GCCGCCUUCCGGGGCCGGCCGGCUCCUGCCCGCCGCCGCUGCGAUGCUGCUGCUGCGGCCGGGUGGUGCUGCGGGCCGGGCCUCGCUGCCGCUGGCCGCCCUGUCCCACGUGCUGCGGCUGGAGCGGAGCCGCCGCACCGCGAUCGUGUUCCCGCUGCAGAAGCUGGAGCGGUACCUGGCGCCCGGCACGGACACGGCGCCGUUCCGCCUCUUCCAGCCCGGGCUGGCCGCCCUGCAGCGCGCCGAGGCGCUCUUCAGGUCCGACCGCGGCCACCCCAUCGACUACGUGAGCUCCGCCGUGCGCAUGGACCAUGCCCCGCCGCCGGCCCUGCCCGAGGUGUGCUUCAUCGGCCGAAGCAAUGUGGGGAAAUCGUCUUUAAUCCGGGCCUUGUUUUCACUGGCUCCGGAAGUGGAAGUUAGAGUGUCAAAAACUCCAGGCCACACCAAAAAAAUGAAUUUCUUCAAAGUAGGGAAGUACUUUACUCUGGUGGAUAUGCCAGGAUACGGCUAUCGUGCCCCGCAGGACUUUGUUGAGAUGGUGGAGGCCUAUCUGCAGGAACGGCGCAACUUGAAGAGGACUUUUCUAUUAGUUGAUGGUGUAGUUGGACUCCAGAAAACAGAUCAUAUUGCAGUAGAGAUGCUGGAAGAGUUUGGGAUUCCUUAUGUGAUGGUGUUAACAAAAAUUGACCGAGCUUCCAGGGGAUUAUUGUUAAAGAAUGUACUGGAGAUCCAGGAGUUUGUAAAGGAGAGCACUCAGGGAUGCUUUCCUCAGCUGUUCCUGGUCAGUUCUGUGGAGUUCUCGGGGGUUCACUUGCUCAGGUGUUUCAUAGCCCAUGUUACUGGAAACCUGCCCACUGCAGAGGCCAGCUGAAAAGACCUGUCAAUCUGCUUGGCUCAUCAGGAACAAAAGUAGGUGUAGCAGGAUAGCGUGCCUUGCUUGCAGACAUUGAGUUGUCCCUGUUCCACAGGGAUGAAGGAAAGAACACAUCUUUUAUGGGAUCUGCUUUUCCAGGAGUGUUGGCUUGAAACAGAGUGGAAUAAAAGACUGACAUCUAGAGGAGCCCUGUCCUGCACACUGUCAUGAGUCAGUGCUGCAUCUACCUUCUGUUUUGAGAUCCAGCAUGAAUUUCUGCAGCUCCACGUGGAUGAAUUGCCAGAUCUGAGGCACACCAUCCGUGAUCUGUAUCGGCUCUACCCUGGCAGCUGAAGCACAACACUGAUGUGUCCUGUACGCUUUAGGGGAACUGCUUCCCACAGCAGCUGUGUCUGUCUAAGAGCACUUGAAACUGUCCAGUUACAAGGCACAACUGGACAAAAGGACAGCCAUCAAUAGCAGACCUCAUACAGGAGAACUUAGUCUAAAGCUAUGAAGUGCCUGUGUCAAAUCCUGGCACUCAAUCUUUGCCAUGUCUUAACAUGGCCAGAUGUGGUUAUGCAGUUGUCAGUUACUUUCAUCAAGUGUUUAAACCUCCAGAAAGGAAAGUUCUUUUCUAAACCACUCUGACAGGACUAGAAAUACAAUUUUCUUUCACUAUGCAAUUUCUUGUACCACACUAGACAUGUAUGCUCUUUUCAGCAUACAUGUAAGACGAGCAUGUGAGGAAUGUGGUAAAUGUGGCUUUCCAGCUUCUGCACCUUAGUGAUCAAGCCUGUAAUUCUGUUAAUAUUUUGUCUCUUAAUCCCAAAAUGCUGCAGGGCAAACCAGCCCAAGGGAUGCAUGAUGCCAGAAAUGCAGUAUGAGCUAUACAGAUGGAACAGGUGAAAGUGAACACUUCAGGAAGGGCCUUUUUGUACUAUCUUGAAACCAGGAUCUUCCAAAAACAUCAAUCUUGUCAAGGCUGUAAUUUUCAAGGCCUCAGCCUUGACACAAGAGCCUCUGAAAAUAACCCUGAAUAUAUUAAAAAGUACUGGUUCUGGUUUUAGUCCCUCCUCAGAACAAAACCCCUUACAUUUCAUUACAACUCCUUACAGUGCUAGGAAGUAAUUUACUAACCAUGUAGAUACAUUAAAUAUGUGCAGUUAAUCCAUUUGUACAAACAAAUUGGAUGUGUGUGCAUAGAACAUUAGGUACCAUCUUCUCCAGAAAAACCAGUUUUACCUCUGGACACAUCUUGGUUUUAUUCACAAGUGCUUUGGAUACUGGAGUAACUCCUGCAUUUUGCUCAGUCAUUUGCAGGAGAGAAUACUAUGGUUUGAUUCUUGAGUGUGACAAUGCCCCUGUGACAAAACAGUAAAUAAAAUCAAGUCCUCUCUAAA